AUGUCGCCAAGGAAGUUCUUCAGCAACGGUGGAAGAGGGAACGACUCAGGAAUUCGUAAGGUGGCAGCAACAGCGGUAGAAGAAGUGGAAGAGCAGAGAAAGGAGUGGUAUGACUCCGCAUCCACCACAGAAUAUGUCGCCGUUGCAUCCAAAGGAAGCACGACAAAAGUGCAAACAACGCGAGCUGGAAGUAUGAGGUCUUCGUCCCCUUCGCGAGAACACUCUCUAUCUUGGGUGACGCUGCCAUUCAGCUGGGCCCGACCGAAGGCUAGCGUGCGAGACAGAGAUAUCCUGGACAAGUCUCAAAAAGCGGCUGUGGCGAGAACGAAGCGAGGCUCAGACAAGGAGAAGAGGAGGAGUGAGAAGGAGGCAGCGAGGGAGGCCGAGGGGGGGAAAAAGGAGUGGCCGGAGCAUUUGAAGUGGUAUUACGGAGCGAAUAUCCCGGGAUAUUGGGUGGUAUAG